GAUUUUGAUUCGUUCUCCAAACACAACCACAAUCAUGGACGCCGCCGCAAAAGCCCGCUUCGAUCUCAUUACUGAGAACCUCGCAGAAACCCUCAAUCCGGAGAUUAUUGAGUCCAUCCUCGCCGAGGGCCGAAACCCGCGUAUCUACUGGGGCACCGCAACGACAGGGCGCCCGCAUACUGGUUACUUCGUCGCUGCUAUAAAGAUUGCCCAACUGCUAGCUGCAGGUUGUGAAGUCGUUGUUUUGCUGGCAGACAUCCACGCCUUCUUGGAUAACCUGAAGGCCCCGCUCGAAUUGGUUGAGAACCGCGCGAAGUACUAUGCCAAGGUUAUUCGGGCAAUCCUGGAGUCUGUGGGCGUGCCGACAGAGAAGCUGGAGUUUGUGUUGGGGAGCUCUUACCAAAAGACCCCGGAGUACACGAUGGAUGUCUACAAGCUUUCAUCGUUGGUCAGUGAGCAUGAUGCUAAGAAGGCUGGUGCAGAGAUUGUUAAGCAGAGUGCCAAUGCGCCUCUAAGUGGGCUGCUUUAUUCGAUUCUGCAGGUGCUUGAUGAGGAGCAUCUAAAGGUUGAUGCUCAGUUGGGAGGUAUGGAUCAGAGAAAGCUCUUUGCGGCCGCUGUUGAGUGGCUGCCGAAAAUCGGAUACCGAAAGCGUGCGCAUUUGGUUACACCAAUGGUGGCUGGUCUCAGCGGCGGUAAAAUGAGCUCCAGUGUUCAAGACAGCAAAAUCGACCUCCUCGACGGACCCGACGUCAUCCAAAAGAAGAUUCGAAAAGCUGAAGCAGCCCCCAAAGUAGUCGAAGACAACGGCGUCAUUGCAAUGGUAGAAUACGUCCUUCUCCCCGCCGCCGGCCUCAAGGGCAAGAAGGAAUUCGUCGUGGAGCGCCGCGACGCCGAACCCCUCGUCUACACAGACAUCGCCAAGCUAAAGGAAGACUAUGCAAACGACAUCCUGACCCCGCAAGCCCUGAAGCCCGCUGUGACGGCGGCGCUGACGAGCCUAAUGGCGCCUAUCCAGGCGGCGUACCAGGCUUCCCCUGAGUGGCAGGAGAUCACGGCACAGGCUUACCCGCCGCCUGUUGUGGAGAAGAAGCAGAAGAAGGUUAAGAGUAAGGGAACUCGUUAUCCUGGUGCCCAAGCUCAGGCCCAGGCCCAAGCUGAGGCGCAGGCAGAGGUCGAGGGUGCCGGAAAGGAGCAGGAGCUUCCGGAACGGCCAAAGGCUGAAAACUGA